AUGGUCAAGUCAUACCAGCGUUUUGAGCAAGCCGCUGCUUUCGGUGUGAUAGCGUCGAAUGCAAACUGUGUUUGGAUACCUGCUUCAUCUAGAACUAAUAAUGGUAGUGGGCCAGGGCAAUUGAUCACAAGUGCUCUCGAAAAUGUUAACGUAUGGGACAUCAAGACAGGAGAUUUAGUUACUAUCUUGUCCGAUGGCUUGCCUCCAGGUGCCUCUGAUGCAAAGGGCUCCAAGCCAGCAGAGUGUACGUAUUUGGAAGUACAUCAAGACACUAAUCUGUUAGCUGUCGGUUAUGCAGAUGGUGUUAUUAAGGUUUGGGAUUUGGUAUCCAAGACAGUGCUCUUAAACUUUAACGGUCACAAGGCGGCUAUAACAUUAUUGCAAUUUGAUAUCACCGGUACAAGGUUGAUUUCCGGUUCCAAGGACUCCAAUAUCAUUGUAUGGGACCUUGUUGGUGAAGUUGGUCUUUAUAAGUUAAGGUCACAUAAGGAUGCCAUUACUGGAUUUUGGUGCCAAGGAGAAGACUGGCUAGUCAGUACGUCAAAGGAUGGGUUGAUUAAAAUAUGGGAUCUGAAAACACAACAGUGUAUAGAGACACAUAUUGCGCAUACUGGAGAGUGCUGGGGCCUUGCGGUAAAAGACGACUUACUGAUUACAACCAGUACGGAUAGUCAAGUCAAGAUUUGGAAAUUGAACAUGGAGAAUGACAAAAUGGGCGAAAAGCUAACUGAAAUGGGCAUUUUUGAAAAGCAAAGUAAACAACGUGGGUUAAAGAUCGAAUUCAUAACGAACGCAUCCGAUGGAGUCUCGUUCUUUUACAUCCAAAACGCAGACAAAACUAUUGAAACUUAUAGAAUCAGAAAAGAGGAGGAAAUAGCAAGAGGUUUAAAGAAAAGAGAAAAGAGAUUAAAAGAAAAGGGUUUAACAGAUGAGGAAAUUGCAAAAUCUAUUAAAGAUUCUUACUCCUCACUCAUUUUACACCCUUUCCAAACUGUAAGAUCACUGUAUAAAAUAAAAUCUGCAUCAUGGACAACAGUUACAAGCUCCAAAUUGGAAUUGGUCGUAACCACAUCGAAUAAUACCAUAGAAUACUACUCUAUUCCAUACGAAAAAAGAGAUCCAACAAGCCCUGCACCUCUCAAGACGCAUACUAUUGAAUUGCAAGGUCAAAGAACAGAUGUUCGUAGUAUUGACGUUAGUGAUGAUAACAGGUUGUUAGCCACCGCAUCCAACGGUUCAUUAAAGAUUUGGAAUGUUAAAACACACAAGUGUAUCAGAACUUUCGAAUGUGGAUACGCACUAACCUGUAAGUUUUUACCAGGUGGGUUACUGGUCAUCCUAGGGACAAGAAGCGGUGAAUUACAGCUCUUCGAUCUAGCAUCAUCAAGUCUCUUAGAUACCGUUGAGGAUGCACAUGAAGCUGCUAUUUGGUCUUUAGAUUUGACUUCUGAUGGUAAAAGACUAGUCACCGGUUCCGCAGAUAAGACUGUCAAAUUCUGGGAUUUCCAAGUUGAAAAAACCUUAGUACCAGGUACUAAGGACAAAUUUGUACCCAUGUUGAAACUAAACCACGACACAACUUUGGAAUUGAAUGACGAUAUUCUAAGUGUACGGAUCUCCCCCGAUGACAGAUAUUUGGCCAUUUCAUUAUUAGACAACACCGUUAAGGUAUUUUUCUUAGACUCAAUGAAAUUUUAUCUAAGUUUAUAUGGGCACAAAUUGCCUGUACUGUCUAUUGAUAUUUCAUUUGAUUCGAAGAUGAUUAUCACAUCUUCAGCGGACAAAAACAUCAAAAUUUGGGGGUUAGAUUUUGGUGACUGUCACAAAUCUUUAUUUGCUCAUCAAGAUUCGAUUAUGAGUGUAAAAUUUUUACCAGAGUCUCACAAUUUCUUCAGUUGCUCUAAAGAUGCAGUGGUAAAAUAUUGGGAUGGUGAAAAAUUUGAAUGUAUCCAAAAACUAUACGCACAUCAAAGUGAAGUCUGGGCACUAGCGGUUUCUACUGAUGGUAGUUAUGUUGUCUCCUCAUCUCACGACCACAGUAUAAGAAUUUGGGAAGAAACCGAAGACCAAGUGUUUUUAGAGGAAGAAAAGGAGAAAGAACUUGAAGAACAAUAUGAAGAUACAUUGCUAACAUCUUUAGAAGAAGGUAAUGGUGAUGAUGCAUUUAAAGGUGACGCAACGGGUGAAAUUGUCGAAGAUGAAGCAUCUGGUGUUCAUAAACAAACUCUGGAGUCAUUAAAAGCUGGUGAAAGAUUGAUGGAAGCACUAGAUUUAGGUAUCGCUGAAAUUGAAGGCAUGGAAAUGUAUAACAAGGACAUGAAGUUGUGGCAACGCAAGAAGUUGGGUGAAGCGCCAAUGAAACCACAAGGUAAUUCUGUCUUGAUUGCUGUAAAAAAGACGCCUGAACAAUAUAUCAUGGAUACAUUAUCGAGGAUAAGGGCGUCCCAGUUAGAAGACGCGUUGAUGGUGAUGCCCUUCUCGUACGUCUUAAAAUUUUUGAGAUUUACUGAUGCCGUCAUGAAAAAUAAAACUUUGUUGCAUAAUCACUUACCUUUAAUUUGUAAGAAUUUAUUUUUCAUUAUCAAAUUCAAUCACAAAGAAUUGAUCUCUCAAAAAAAUGAAGAACUGAAAUUGCAAAUAAAUAGAGUGAAGACCGAAUUGAGAAACGCAUUAAAAUCUACCGAGGAUGAUUUAGGGUUUAAUGUUCAAGGCCUGAAAUUUAUCAGACAACAGUGGAAUCUAAAGCAUAACUACGAAUUUGUCGAUGAAUAUGAUCAACAAGAAAAGGAUAAUUCUGGCGCAAGGAAGAGAGUUUUUGAAAGAGUAAUAUAA